AUGACCUCGAAAUAUUCUGGAGUCAGUUUAGAGAGUGAUGAAGAGGAAAAGAUUCAUCCCAACAUAGACGAGAAGAGUUAUAAGGAAUGGAAAAGAAGACAGAGAGAGCUGAAGAGAAAGGAGCUGGAAAGGAGGCUUGAAGAGAUCAACUCGGUUGAAUUUCCGAGUAAAGAGCUGGCCGAAGAGAGAGAGGAGAUAGAGAAGAUUUUGAAGCCAUCCUAUGUAUGCCUUGGCACCGAGUCGUUCCGGACCCCCUCUUCAAAUGAAGAAAAGGACUAUAUCCAGGAGUUGAGCCACCUUAUAGUUCACAACGAGUUGGACAAUUUUAUUGAGCUGAUGGACCAGUGUAAAAUUGACAUGGAAGAGUUCGAGGUUGUUGUCCUUCACAAUCUAGCAGAGCAAAUCAAGGAAGGAAACGAUGCAGGCGGGCUUAUACUUUCGAAGAUAUCCUUGUAUGUCAAGUAUGCCUUGUCGCAUGGAAAGGAAUUUCUCUUGAAGCUACGUGCCCAACUUACAAACAAAGAAAGGCGAAGGCAAUUUGAGGAAGACUGUAGAAAGGACUUUGAAGAAACAAGACGAAUGUUCUUGGAGCAGUUUGGCACAUUGGACUCUACCUGUAGCCAGACUCCUAAAUAG